UUUAUCCAAUCGAUUGCAAUCUGAAUAGAAAAUGUGGAAAAUAACGGAAAAUCUAUAUUUGGCACAACUUCCAAUGAUUGUAGGCCCUACGAGUAAGCAGGAGUUUUCGAAAAACGAUAUCAAACGGGUUCUCACAUUAACAACAGAACCGAUUUCGGAAAAACAAAAAAUUGGUGGUGUUGAUUACAAGUUUUUACAUCUAUUGGACAUGCCAGAUGAACCGAUUUUGGACAAUGCUAUUUUGGAAACAGCUGUUUUGUAUAUUAAUGAAGGUGUCGAGAAAGAAGAAAAUGUAGGUGUUCACUGUCUUGCGGCUGUUUCACGCAGUGUGUCUAUUUGUGCGGCCUAUUUAAUGUACAAGAAUCAGUGGCCCGUUGAAAAGGCGUUGAAGAUGAUCGAAAGUGUGAGAAAAACAAUUGGUCCAAAUGCAGGAUUUCUCGCACAACUGAAGAUCUGGGAACGAUCCGGAAUGAGUUUCUCCGCUGAUCAGUACAAAAACUUGAAAAUUGAUAUUCCUGGAAUUACUUGUGUAGAUUCAAAAACUAUUUGGCGGCAACCCGUGAUCGACGAUCAAACCAAAGUGCGAUUCAAAUGCCGACAAUGCCGGAAAGUGAUAUUCAACAGCGACAAUAUAGUUCAUCCAUUAGCUGAAGCAUGCCAAAAGUAUCUGAUAGAACCAAUGGCGUGGCUCAACGUCUCAGGUGCAACAUGCUCAGUAAGCCACACAUGUGGAGCAAAACUUGGGACUUUCAUCGCAAGUGGAUCAAAGUGCAAUGGUUGUAAUAAGUUUGUGAGGCAAUGGAUCUUUAUAAAUAGGACAAAACUCGAUAAAGUGGAAAUCGCAACAUGAUGGGAAAUGUUUCAAAUCACCUCCGAAUAUUAUAAUACUACUGUUAAAUGCUCCCAUAAUAUGUAUUACGUGUCAGUUUAUUAUGAAUACCCGGUUAAUAAUACUUCAAUACACAUU